AAUGCUAUAACUGUUAAGACAUUGUCGGGAACAACAGUUAGAGGACAGACACUACAUGUGCUUAAUAGAGAUGUUCAUCAGUUUCUGAACAUACCGUUUGCCGAACCACCAGUCGGUGACCUGAGGUUUGCCAAACCGGUGCCAAUAAAACAGCCCAAAAAGUAUGUUAUCGAUGGAACCAAACCGGGAAACUCUUGUAUACAAAACUUGAGUCCAGAAAUGAAACAUUUUGUGGGAGAUUUGCAACAAAGUGAAGACUGUCUGGUACUCAACGUAUGGACACCGAGUCUGGAGACUACUGGCCUCAAACCGGUCAUGUUUUGGAUAUAUGGCGGAGCUUUCAGUAUGGGUUCAAUAUUUCAAACCGAUUACAACGGUUCGGUGUUGGCCACCAAUGAUGUUGUGUUUGUUGCGGCCAACUAUCGGGUGGGAGAACUAGGUUUUCUGUAUGGUGGCCACGAGUCGGCACCGGGAAAUGCCGGUCUAUACGACCAGUUAUUGGCACUCAAAUGGAUAAAAGAUAAUAUUGAAAGUUUUGGCGGUGACCCCAAUCAGGUAACUAUUUUCGGUGAAAGUGCCGGCAGUUGGUCAGUAUCGGCACAUCUACUAUCGCCACUGUCCAAAGGCCUAUUCAAACGGGCUAUUAUGCAGAGCGGGUCAUUGAUGUUCAAUAAGGACAUACCGAUCACCGAUACUGUCCGAGCGCUUAGUAAAGCUAAACAAUGGGCUCAGAAACUCGGUUGCGAUCCCUAUGACUACGAAUGGUUAGACUGUUUGAGGUCAGUGUCAGAUCCCAACCUAUUUAAUGAGUUGCCAGCAAAUGGCGGUGCCUUUCAAAUCAAUUUUCCCGUAUUUGGUACCGAAUUUUUACCCCAUAUUCCACAAAAAGCAUUCAACAAAAAGCUCUACAAUUAUGAUGUUGAACUAAUAGCCGGUGCCACCAAAGAUGACGGUUCACUAAUAGCCAUAGCACUCUACCCGAUACUAAUGAGUCCCCAAUUGAAUGUAUCGAUAUUUACCGAUUUGGUGGCCGAAAUUAGUGGACAAAUUCUCCGGAAUAUAGACGUCCGGAAAACAGUUGACCAUUAUUUACAAUCGGUCGACAACCGUACAGAUCCAGUCCAACUGCGACUGGCAUUCAGCCAACUAUACAGCCAUCUAUUUAUGACGUGUACGACCUAUCGAUACGCCCGCGAGUUUGCGGCCAACAACAGCCCGUCGGACAACAACAACAACAACAACAAUGUUUGGUACUAUCGUUGGAAUUAUGCGCCAACCGGUGGCCGUCAUCCGCGUAUGGAUCCGAAAAUUUUCGGCUUUCCCGACAAUACUAUAGUACACGGUAUUGACAUUGAACUAACAUUUGGUCAGCCAUUACUGGAACCGACACUAUUUACCGAAAAAGACUAUGACUUUGCCAUCGAUAUCAUGAAAAUGUGGACCGAUUUUGCAAAGUUUGGUAAUCCACAUAAAGAUUGGCCAAAAUUUUUGGAUAAAUCUAAUGGUAUCGUAAAAGUCAAAGAUCUUACAGCCGAUGAUGACUCGACACGUGGUGUUUUGGUGGACCCGUUUCAGAGCACGUGCGACAGUGUUUGGGAUUAUUAUUUUUAA